CGCCGCGGCUCGCCGUCGCGUCACUCGCGAGACGGCGACAACGCGGCCUCCGUGCCACCGAUCUGGUAUUGGCGGCGCAUACAAUUCAAAAUUACAACAUUUUUAAACAUAAUAACACAAAUACACGGCCUCGGACAAACCGCGUUAAACUCACGCUAUACACCAACGCAACAGCACACACACACUGACACCCCGACAGCAUGGACGCUGUCUAAGCUCGCGCCCAGUUACCGCUUUUCCCGCCAUGCAGCAAAAUGACUACUGUACGUACAGUAGGCGGCACGUUGCCGCGUGUUUUGAAGUGGAGUUUUGGAGUCGGGGAGUCUUUGAACGCCUCCUUGGAGGGGUCGUCUCGUGCGGGUUCAGUCGGUGGUUUAAGUUAGAUGCGUAUAGCGCUGCCCGAUGUCGCGCGAGCCUGACCCGAGCGAGGACGAGGAGACGAUGAUCUCGGCGUGGGACGCGCAGGAGUUCGAACCGUGCGGACGCCGGCUGUACCGCAUCCACCCCUGCGGCGUCGGCGAUAUCGGCUGCGGUGGCAGUGCAAACCUUUCCCCGGCUGGACGGCACGCUGCACUACGCACUCCCGUCCCCGAUGCGUGGCCCACUGACGGCACGGGCGCCCUCGCCGGGUGCCUGCGCGAGGUCACCAUUCAGGAGCACCCACGCGAGCUGUGGGAGAUGCGGGCGGGCCGCUCCGAGCCGGGCGCCGCUUCUGACGAGCACAACUUUGACGAGGAGCUUUACGCCUCGGGGCGCGUCGCCGUGUGGAGCCGUGGCUCGUCCAGCAGUUACGCCACGGUGCACAAGUCCUUCACCGUCGAGGAGCCCAUCCAGAAGGUGCUGUGGUGUGACUUCCAGGAGUGGGACAAUAAUGAGAAGAAUGGUGGGAGCCCUGCUGCAAAGGUCCUUCACUGCGUGUGCAUCGCGCAGACCACGUGCGUAGAUAUUCACACGGCCGAUGGGCAGGACUUCUCCGCCUCCUUGCCCUUCCAGGUCGCUAACACGUGGCCCACCAAACAAGGUCUUCUGUUUGAGAGAGAAUCCGUUCCUUGUGAGAUGCUUACAGGGUCGAUUAGGGAGCAGCUGGCCAUGAUUUACAGCAUGCUGCAUCCUCUCGACACAGUGUCUCCUGUCCUCUGCCGGACGAGCGGCGUGGGCGGCACGCCGCGCGUCGGCUACACGUACGAGCACUCGCACCGCAUCGUCUUCGCCUCCCCCAAGUCUCCGUUGUUGCUGACCUUUGACCCGACGCUUGGCCUGCACGCCGUGUGGCUUCUGAGAAAGGCCACGCCACAGGAGCGCAGCAGCAUGCUCGGCAUUCCCGGGCCAUCGUCCGUCGUGGGCAGCCUGUGCGGGACGCUGGGCGGCAGCGUCGUGGGCGGCUUCACCGACGAGCUCAUGGGCAGCGGCGGCGGUGGCGUCGGUAGCGCCAUCUCGUUCGCCGCGCACCUCCGCGGCCUUACUCGCAAUGAGAGCUCGUUGGGCCACAGCGGUGGCUUCUCAUCCCCGCUGCACCAACUCCACUGCCAGCAGCUGCUUCACGCCUCCACCACGGCGGGGGGCGGGUCCGGUGUUGGUGGUGGCAGCGGUGGUGCCGUUGGUGGUGGCGGCGGUGGUGCAGGAUCGAUUUUGGGUGCAACUCUGCCGCCGGCCUCGGGGCUGCCGUUUUACUCGUGGUCUUGGUCGCCCACUGUGUCCAACAUGGCGUCGCUGAGCCGGUCCCACUCCCCGGCGCCGGGCGGCUCCCUGGCCGCGUUCUCGCAGCGCUUUCUCUCGCCGUCCCCGCGCGGUCAGGGCAACUCGUCGGCUAACCAGUCGCUCAACAGCUCCGCGGGGAAAUCCGUAGCCGAGCCCAUGCUGAACCUGCCCGACCUCUGCAUGGACCACCUGUGGACUGAGAAGGUGCUCACCAACAGGAUAUCGAACAGCCAAGCGAGCAAAGCCUUCAUCACCACCGACCUGUGCGGCCGUAGGUUUCUCUGCUACCUCAUGGAUGGCCACCACGAGCUCAGGUGCGUCAAAUUCGAGGAGAGCAACGACAACCCCUCCAGCUUCGUCUUCGGGGUCGUGACCGAUAUUCCGGCUCGCGACGCUGCCCCGCUGGAGUCUCUGAACAUGAUGUUGGUGCUGGAUGACACCAGGAGCCUGGUGUUGUUCACCGGCCUCAUCAAGGUGAGCAAGGUGUACGUGACCGGCCUGCCCACUCCGUCGCUCUGCCACUCGCUGCUGCAGCCCAUGCUGCGUCCGAGCACGCCGCUCGACAGCAACAGCACGCCCGCUCGCCCGUACGGCACCUCGGCGGUGACAAUGCACGAGGCCAUGUUGGUGUCACCCGUGCCCGAGAUGAGCGAGUCCAUGGGCAUGCGGCUGGAGUCCGACCUCGAUGACUCGCUCUUCCACACCAGCAGGCCCAGCUGCAUCACCGGCCUGCGCGACCCCGUGCUGUCCCGCCUCACCCUCGAGUUGGUUGGGGGAACGAUGAGGCGAGUUUCCUUCCCGGAAAUUGCGAGCUGUUCACUGGUGCGGAUGUGCCUGGGCGCGGCGUGCUACGCCCUCCCGCGGGACACGGCGCUGCAGCUCCAACUGCGCUGGUACACGGCACGCAAUCGUAUGGGCAGCCCGGGCCUGGCUAGCGAGUGGGCACUCUUCCGCGACUGUCUACUCACGGCCAGCGGAUACGACAUGGAGAACCUGCCCUGGGCACAGCUCGCCGAGCAGGAGCCGUGCCUGUCGCCUGUUCUCACACCCAAGAAGCCUCGCACCUCCGACGCGGGAACGGACGAGGACUGGGAGUUUCUGUUGAACAGCAGCUACCAUCAGAGCCUCCUGUCCCAUCCGCUGGUUGGCAUGCUGGGUCUCGAUAUGUCCGAGUCGGCCAACCCCGACGGUGGCGUUGAAGAGCGCGGCGAGGCGGAGAGGGGCCCCUUCUCCCGGGUGCACAUCCUGAACCCCGAUGCGCCGCUGUUCACGCACCUGCCGACUGUGUUCUGGGCGCUGCACCUGGUGUACGAGGACUCCAAGCUGGACAGCGCCCUCGCCGAGACGGGCCGCGCGCUCGGCACGCUGCUCUACCAGAUUGCUAGCGACCUCCGCCUGACCUCUUAUUGCGACCACUACCUCCGCGACAACCCAACGCUGCUGAAAUCAUUCGGGCAGAAUGCGGUGUUGAUGCCCCAAGCCCAGCUAAAGACCAUGGCGCAGUACCACGCGGUCACCCGCGACCCCCCCUGCGUGUGCCGCUGGCUGUGCCACAUGAUCGGGUGGCGCGCCGGUGGGGCGCCCCCACCCUUCCCAUCUGUGCCCGGAGUGUGUGAGCGCACGCGGCUGGUGGUGCUGAGCUUCGCCAUUUACAUCCUCGGAGACGAAAGCGCAGCGUUCCUGGAGCCCAGCAAAUACCUCGACAAGAUACCCGCGGGACAUGGUUGGUCACAGACGGAGCAGGAGACCAGCAGAAUUUGCACGGAGCAGCUUUCGUCCCUUCCGAGCCCGGCCGAGAAGCUGGUGUUUUUCCUCGCCAACAUGGGCUUCACGCUGCACGACCUGGCGUCACUGCCGUUCGGCGUGGCCCUGCCGCUGCACGAGGCCAUCUGCCGCUGCCGCCCAGCGCCGCCGGAGCGCUGGCCCCUUGCCGCGUACGCCCUCGUCGGCCGCCAGGACCUCUCCCUGCAGGCCCGCACCGCGAGCGAGCACGAGAAAUCGCAGGCGCAGACGAGCGGCUUCACCUCUCAAGGGGACGAGCGCUGGAGCAACGGAAACGGCGCCAGCGGUCGGGGAUUGGGGACGGCGGGCGGUGCGGACACGGCAGGCGGCGGCCUCGGAGCGGCGAGCGCAACAACCGCAGCAGCGACGACGAUGACGAAGGAGGAGGAGGAGGACGACGAUGGCAUGGGCGACCUGGACGGCAGCGUCAUGUCGCUGGUGUGGCCGGGCGACCUGCGCGCGCAGGAGGUGCGGCGGCUGCUGCAGAGCACUCGGCCCGUGCGCAUCAACGUUGUGCAGAGGCCCGAGGUCAGCGACCACGACUUCAUCGAGGAGAAGGAGGCAAGGCUUCUGCAGCUCUGCCAGAGGACCAUGGCUCUUCCUGUGGGCCGGGGGAUGUUCACCCUAUUCACCCACCACCCGCUGCCCACGGAGCCGCUCCCCAUCACCAAGUUCAACCUCACCGGCCGCGCGCCACCGCGCAACAUGAUCGUGGACCUCAGCAGCGGCAACAUUGACAUGCCGGCCAACAUGGCAAGCUGGCCCAGCUUCCACAACGGCGUGGCGUGCGGCCUGCGCAUCGCGCCGGCUCAGCGCCUGCGCCUGCACGCUCCGUGGCUCUCCUACAACAACCGCCCACAGGCCGGCGAGCCCAUCCCCGAGUACGCCGGCGUGCUGCUCGCGCUGGGGCUCAGUGGCCACCUCAACGACCUGCCCAUCAUGCACGUGCACGACUAUCUCACCAAGGGCCACGAGAUGACGACCAUCGGCUUGCUGCUGGGCGUGUCGGCGGCGCAGCUGGGCACCAUGGACAUGGCGGUGACGCGGCUGCUCGCCGUGCACCUGCCCGCGUUGCUGCCGCCAUCCACCACAGAGAUGGACGUGGCGCACGGUGUGCAGGUGGCGGCCGCCAUGGCCGUGGGCCUCGUCUACCAGGGCACGGCAUAUCGCCACAUCACCGAGACGCUACUCAACGAGAUCGGGAGGGCGCCCGGGCCGGAGAUGGAAAACUGCACGGACCGGGAGUCGUACUCGCUCACCGCCGGACUGGGCCUUGGCAUGGUGUGCCUCGGGCACGGCAGCAACCUCAUCGGCAUGUCGGACCUGAAUGUGCCAGAUCAGCUCUACCAGUACAUGGUGGGCGGGCACCGGCGGAGCACGUCGGGGGCAUCGCGGGAGCGCCACAAGUCGCCAAGCUACCAGAUUAAGGAAGGAGAUAGCGUAAACGUGGAUGUCACCUGCCCAGGGGCCACGCUGGCACUGGCCAUGAUCUACCUGAAGACCAACAAUAGGUCAAUAGCCGACUGGCUUGAGGCACCAGAAACCCAGUACCUCCUAGACUUCGUGAAGCCGGACUUCCUCAUGCUGCGGAUUCUGGCAAAGGGUCUCAUCAUGUGGGACGAGGUGCUGCCCACGGAGGCGUGGAUAAACAGCAACGUGCCAGCGAUUGUUCGGCAGUACGGACUGGACUUCGAUGUGGAGAACGGAGCAGCUCAGGUUCUGGAACACGAUGUCAACUUGCAGACCAUGUGGCAGGCCCAUGUUAACAUCAUUGCUGGUGCGUGCAUGGCCAUGGGCCUUCGAUUUGCCGGAUCGGCCAACGAUUCUGCCUGCACCUGCCUGUACAAAUGUGCGCGGAGGUUUCUGGGCAUGACCAGCGACCCCGUCGUAGAGCUGGUUGGGCGGCACACCCUUGAGUCGUGCCUGUCGGUGACGCUGCUCGCUUUGGCGCUCGUGAUGGCCGGCACGGGGAACCUGCAGGCGUUGCAGCUGUGCCGCUUCAUGCACUACCGCACAGGCGGGGAGCUUAACUACGGCGCCCACAUGGCCUCGCACAUGGCGCUGGGCUUCCUGUUCCUCGGCGCCGGAAGGUGCUCGCUCAGCACGUCCAACUCUGCCAUCGCCGCCCUUCUGUGUGCUCUCUACCCACGCUUCCCGGCUCACAGCACCGACAACAGGUACCACCUACAGGCGUUGCGCCACCUGUACGUGUUGGCGGUGGAGCCGCGGCUUCUGGUGCCUGUCGAUGUGGACACCGGCAUGCCCUGCUACGCCAAGAUCCGCGCCACGUACCAGGCGACCAUGUGGUACGAUGAGAUAUCCGUGGACCUCAUGGCUCCCACCCUGCUGCCCGAGCUCCACCUACUCAAGGAGGUGAAAGUGAAGGGGCCGCGUCACUGGGAGAUCUCCAUCGACACGAGCAACAGCGCGCAGGAGCUCAGGUCGAUGCUGCAGCGGGAUGGGCGUCUGUACGUGAAGAAACGCGCUGGGCACCUAUCGUUUGCCGAGGACCCCAUGGGUUACCGCAGCCUCCUCGCCCAGACCUUCACUCAUCAGAGCCCCGAGCUACAGAGAGUCCGGCCCGAAGCCAUCCAAGCGUUUUCCUCCGACCCAGCCAUCCUGGCAUUUGCAGAGCACUUCUGCAAGGCGGUCGAGAGCUCUGAAGAGGGCCGCGCGGCGUGCGACAUGCUGUCGUCCGUCCUGUACGAGUGCGUGACGCAGGAGAAGCCUGAGCUGCUGCCCACGUACAUGGCCGCAUACCAGGCGACACGCAUGCUGCAGUCGCGCAGCAUCCCGGACACCACCGCACUCUGGCAGCUCCGGCUGCUGCUGGAGUUCAGCGGGCGACAUGGAGUCGCAGGGUCGCCCGGGGUCACCGCGGCAGCCGUUGCUGGAGAGGGCUGCCCCGGCACGGACGGGAAGGCACGUCCCCUCAUCGUGCCCGAGUUCCUCGAUGCCAUGAAGGGUGUGGUGGACCAGGCACUGGACACGUGGCUGCAGACCCAAGCAGGAGCAGCGGCUGUAAAGUCAUACCUGCUCGGGAAGACGGUGGCCAGGUCGCAGUUUGGGAUGCUCGCCGCCUUCCUCGUGAUGCACGACCUGCCCACGUCGGCCUCCUUCGGCCCCGCGGUUAUGGAAGGUAUGGGGACAUUCGCGGAGCUCAUGUUACGCUUGCGCGGGCUGGCACCACAUACGCUUCUGCGCUUGGCUCCCAUCUUCCUCAAUGGCGCAUAAGUCACACCACGUGACUGAGCCGAGACCACCACUCAGGAGCCACGUAGCCCCACUCCACGGCCUUCCGACACGCGGCCACCUUGAGUCUCCGAUGCGGGGGAAGCAAGUGGACGGGCAUUCAGGACCGCACCAGCGUCCUCCUGAUAGCCGAUCAUAGUGGGAGAUACAUGUGCCCGACGUAGGGUGGCCUCACGAUGACAUUCGCUGUGUUGAUGAGCAGCACGUGGUGUGCAGGCACAGACAUGUUCAACAGCAGCAGCAGCACCAGGUGAACGCAAAAUUGUCGUCUUGCUCCCUUCAGCAAAAUAAGUGAUGGUUAAUGACGUAAGGUGAGUUGAGUAUAAACCAAAAAGGUAUUUAUACGACAGCUGACUUUCCACUUAAUGAGAAAGGAUCUUUCAAGAACUGGCAAUAAUGGCUGUUUGCACGGGUGGAAUUGAAGCAAUUUUUAUUGAAUAAUUGGUUCCAUGUGUAGGCAACUUCUGGACGUUCACUGCUUUCUUGUGCUUUUCAUUUAAUAAUUGUGGUUCUGCUCAGGAUUCAUAGAUCUACUGUGUCCUACAGCAGACCACUGUAGCGGGUACAAAGUUCUACUUGCAAUGGUCCCUACUGCGUAGGUUUUCACAGAUGUGCUGUAGAGCUCUGCGAUGUGUUUUUGGGUUGUGCCGCUUGCUCGGCACGAUGUCGGACGUUUUGCUCCCAAGUGCUGGGAGCUUCAGAAACUGAAUUCUGCACAUGGCACGAAGACGUCGGGACACCAUGCUCCGUGUGGAGACAACAGACAGCCAGUACAACCCCGAAAACACAUCGGGGAGCUGAUUUGCAGUGGCCAUUGGUAAACAUAACUCAACAGAUGAUGUGUCAGAAUCAAUGGGCCAUCAACCUGAAUUUGUGACGCAUGCAGAUUUUGCUAAAUCUCGGGAGAGAAUGAUUCAGGAGCGCAGGAAAUAACGGACAAGCGGGAAGACAACGAACUGGCGCCAACAAUUACCGAAGCUCUGUGAUCCUACAUUAACUGCCCCCUUCAUCCUUCCGUUCGACUUAGCUCACGUCUGUUGCCCAUUCUCUUCCCUCCCUUUGCCCCUCCACGGCUUAAAGGCGUGUACAGCCAUAAGCACUGGUGUUGUUGUCCUCGCACAAGAUGGAUGCAUAUGUCGCUCACGUUUACUGUACAAAAAUAUAGUGAAGUGUGUUCAUAUGAAGCAAAGUUGUAAAAUCAUGCAUCUGUCAUGUUGUUGAACUUCGCUUGGGAGAGUGGGCCUGCAGUAAUUUACGUGUAUAAAAUCAAUGCCCUCGUGGACAUUUCAAGUGCGUGUUGCGCCCUCGUAAUUUUCGUUGGCAUUCGCUGAAAUAAAAGUGUAAAACUCAGCAUCA